AUGGCACCCAAAGAGCCAACCAAGCACCAGCUCUCUUCCAGAUUGCAUUAUGAGCAGAACACACCAGCAUUUUUGCAGAAAUUACAGAGACGCAUAGCAGGAGACGUAGACGAAGAUGACGAGGACGAAUACUACGACGACGGCUCUGGUCGACCACCUAUUCCACAGCGCCCUACCAUCCCGGAACGACCUGACGAUGACCCAGGAAGUGCGAACGGAGAUGAAGGAGAUGAAAAACCACAGAUUGUGAGGGAAGCAGAGAAUGAGCGGCGGAAAGAGAAGGGUUUACCUCCCAUUCUUGAACCUGUAGACUCUCCAGGUAACGAUGCUCAAAUCGCACCACCAGAUAAAGCCAAAUCGAAAGAAAAAGCGCCUAGUUUGUCUUUCUCAUCUUCUAGGGGUGGGAUGAAGUCAUCCAAACUGUCAACUGGCAAGCGAAAAGUCAUAGGAGAUACGGAUAGCGAGAGUAAGGAU